UAAGAAGACGUAAAUCAAGCGGGCUGCACUGUUGUUGGCGGGUUUAUUCAAAGAUGGAGUUGAUACAUGCACUAGAAUUUUUAAAAUUGAAAGAAGUCUCAGUUGGAUGGGUUGAUGCUGUCUGGGAUUUUGAAUUCACUGAAACGGAACCGCUAGAUGCUGCAAUUGCCAUUAAAAAUGGAUCGGUGGAAUUCCAAACCUUGUAUAAUCGCCUAAUACCGUAUGUGACUGACACUGAAGGAACUGAUGCCGCAUCACCAAGUGUCUGGACUGUGUUUGGUGACAACGGGAUCUCGGUCAAGUCUCUGGUGGCAGUUCUAUCAUACUUUGUCUUGGGGGGGAAGUCCCAUACAGCCAAUGCUCAGCAAAGGAUCAAUGCUCUACAGGCAGCCUCCCUUUACUUAUUGCUACUGGGAAUCCCAGGAAGUGUGGUCAACAAAGUGUUUCACCAAAUCCUUUUUGACACUUGCUUGAACACUGUGAGCCACUGCUGGCCCCAGAGCUCAGUCAAGAAGCGCAAGAAAGACCCCCUGAAGAGCUCUCAGGGUGAUGGGAAACGAUCCAAACCACACAGAAAAGACAAUGAUAGAGACAAUGAUGAGAUGGAAAUUGAUGAGGAUGAGGAGCAAGAAGAGGAGGUCCAUUUGUCUCCCCAGGACCUACUGAAAAUGCGAGAGGGAGUUGUUUUACUGGUGAAGAGCGUUCUCCAUCUCCUCCUCAAAUUCCCACUUAAGGAUGAGCCACUGAGUGCAGAAAACUGUGUACAGAUGUUUGCCAAGCUGACUGACUUUGAACCUGUCAUUGGAGAACUGACAUUUGGUGCCAGACAGGAAAUUGAUGGAAUGAAGUCGUUGCCCCAGUUGGCUUAUUACGGACUGUGGUUACUCUGCUCCCCCAGUCAUGGAGAUGAGAAAGGGUCUCUGAGCCGGGUGUUUCACAGGAUCCUGUAUGUCAUCUUGAUGAUGGACAAGAGAGACAGUGGCCAGCCCUCCCUCAUGAUGCCCACUCAAGCUGUUCUUGCUGCCCGGGACCAGGCUGUCCAUUUUGUCUGUCACAUUGUUGAUGAGCUGAAAGAGCCGGCACUGCCCGUUUUACGGAUCCUCCUGCAGCACAUAUGCUUCCGGAUGGUGGACAAGACAGACUACCGUAUGCAUGGGGCCCAGGCCGUGGCCAGGCUGCUGACCAAAAUGCCCUGUGCUGGCUAUGCAUCGUUCAUCAAGUGGUUGUUUGACUACUCCAGACACGCAAAGGUUACAUACCGAAUGUUUGCCCUGGAUAUAGCCAUGGUUCUGCUGGAGCAGCCAGAGAGGGAAGGGGAUGAGAAUUUGGCCCCAGAAUUGGUCUCGUUCCUGCCCCACAAGUUCCUGGUCCACAACAUGGUGUUUGGUCGUCGCUCCGACACAUCACCCACUGUCCGGGGCCAUGCCCUCACCUGCCUGGCCCAGUGCCUGGAGCUGCCCUCCAUGAAUGCCACACGCUGCGUCAAAGAGCUCUUUUCCACCACAUCGGCACAGACUGUCUUGGAGAGUGACGGUUCUAAUGGCUCUUUAAACUCACAGACAACCCAAAAAACAUUCAAGACUUUACCUUUCAAGACCAUUGAGAUCACCAAUAAUGAAAAUGCAAGUUUUGAAUCAAAAGAGACAAUGGCCUUACUGAAAUGCCGUGUGAGUGACCCAAAGACAAAUGUGAGGAAGUCUGCUCUGCAGGCGAUAACGGGACUACUGAAACACAAUGUGAUCAUGCUCAGUGAGGUGACCCUGGCUGUGCUGUCGGAGCGCACCCGUGACCCCGCCCUUUCCGUUAAGAAGAAGGCCCUGCAGUGUCUCAUGGACCUCCUGGCUUCCCACCCGGAGAGUAACAUGGUGCAGAAAGCGUGGUUGCGGGGUGUGGUGCCUGCUAUGGUGGACACGGAGAGCUCUGUCCAGGAGAAGGCCUUGGAGUGCUUGGAGCAGACCAUUCUUAGCCAGGUAAAGAGCCACAGCUCAUACAGCUACAGAGACGCCCAUCAGACACUGACAUGGGACCUGCUGGGCCUGCUGUGUAACGACUGCCAGGACCUCAGCCGGUACUUUAGCAGGGCUUUCACAGUGUGGUCCAAGCAGAACAAGUUCACUGAAGCCUUCAUCAACAACCUCAUCUCUCACACCGAGGCAGAGCAUGCUGCUGGGGCAUGGUUACUGCUGUCCAAAGUGGCUAGCUCAUGUCCCCUAUUUGACUACGGCAAGAUCCUGGACGCCUGGGAUGACCUGGUCAGGUCAAAAAAUUUUACUGUGACAACAUCCUGCCACAUCCUGUGCGUGAUUGGGGACAUCUGCGAGCAUCUGAACGAGGACACCAAGUGCAGGAUUGUUGAGGAUAUAAUGACAUGGUUGAAGAUUUUUGACAUGCCUCUGGAAGUGAUCAGCGCCAGUGUGGAGACACUUUGUCGAUUGGGAAAGGCUGAGACAAUUGUCGACACACAGAAGUUUCUUAACGAACACUGUGGAGAAUUGGUUUCCCUCUGCGAGGUAUAUCUAUCCGGUGUCAUCUUGAAUGAAAAUGGAGCAGAGAACUUAAAUGAGGAUUUGGUGGUGAAGCAUCUUUACACACUAGGUGUGGUAUCACUCCAUUGUCCUUCUAAAGUGGGGAAGCGUAUUGUGAUCCUAGUCCAGUCUGUCCUCACCUCCAAUGUGGACGUCCAUACAGCAGAAGCAUCCGAGGAGCUGGCAGGUUCCCAACCUCUGACUCAGUUCAAGCCCUCCUCCAUGCCCAGCACUGUCCGUGCUCAUGCUGUCGUCACCCUCGGUAAGUUCUGCCUGCAGCACGAGGAGCUGACCCGCAAGUACCUGCCGGCAUUCGCCCGGGAGUUGGAAAUGUGCCGCGAGCUGGCGGUGCGCAGCAAUGUGGUGGUGGUCAUGUGUGACCUGUGCAUGCGCUACACCAACAUGGUGGACCGCUACGUGCCUAAUGUGUCGGCCUGUCUCCGCGACAAGGAGCCUCUCAUCCGCAAGCAGACCCUCACCAUGCUAACCAACCUGUUACAGGAGGAGUUUGUCAAAUGGAAGGGCUCGCUAUUCUUCCGUUUUGUUACUGCUUUGGUGGAUCCUGAUCCUUCCAUUGCUAGUCUCUGUGAGUACUGCCUCGUCCACCAGCUUCUCAAGAAGAAUCCAGUGAUGUUCUCGCAGCACUUCAUUGAGUGCAUAUUCCACUUCAACUCGUAUGAGAAACACAAUACGUACAACAAAUUCCCUCAGACUGACAGUGAGAGAGCCAAGUUCUCCCUGAAAGGAGCCCAGAAUAAAGAGAAGAGGUUCAGAAUCUAUAGGUUCCUGCUGGAGAACUUCACAGAUGCCCAGCGCUUUAACAUCACCAUCAAAAUCUGCCAGAAUAUCCUUGCAUGCUUUGUGGAUGGAGAGCUGCUUCUGGAUGCUGAUGGGGCAGCAGUGCUGGGCGAGACCUUUGGCAUCCUCAGCCUCAAGGAGAUCAAGCUGUCAGCUCUGAGUGGGGCGGCAGGGCUUGGUGGCGACGAGCCGCAGGAGGAUGAGCAGAUGGCCAUGGCCAAGGCUGUCAUGGAGGUGGCCCAGAAAAAGGCCAUCUCCCAGGUCCAGAAGAAAGUUUUCAUUGAGAGCAUGAUUCCUAUAAUAAUUCAUUUGAAGAGCAUACUGGAACAGAAGCGCUCCCCAGUUCUAAAGGACCUCAUGGGCUACCUCCAGUUGACCAUGCAGGACUACCGUGGCGAAGUGAAGGAAUUCUUUGCUGCGGACGAGCAGCUCGCAGCAGAGCUGGAGUAUAACCUGAAGAUGUACGAGAAAGAGCUGGAGACAGAAGCCCAGAUGGCCCAUGGCUCCAUAGGAGGAGAGGCUUCCUCAGGAGGCCUGCCGGUUGUUGGCUCUCCAGCAGCUGACAAAAGGUUCCUCCCGACAGGCUUUGCCACCCCCCAGCCUGUCGUCCCCAGUCACCGUGGCCUGCUCACCCCAAGACUUUCCCAGUCAGACAGGCGUCUGCCACCACAGCAAAGGAGCUGGGUCAGGGCGACCAGUGACCGAGUCUGCACAACCCUGAGUGGAUCAGUGAAGCCCAAAGGGGCCAUUAAUGAUCGAGCUAUUAGCACCCCACAGGGUAACGUAAACGAAGUUACGUUUGGGGAAGGAGUCAGUGCCAUCUUCAGUGACAGGGGAACAGGUUCCAAGAUGGGAGACGAAGGAUGUGUCCUUCAUUUGAUGUCACCUGAACAGCAAACUCCUGUGCCGAAACAAUGGAACGUGCAGUCCCCACUCAAUCAAAAAAGAUCAAGACGGAUCCAGAAAUAGCAUUUUCUUUUUGUCGAUACUGGACACACUGUUGACAUAAAUAAUCCCAGAGAAAUAAUAAAAAUGUUUUUCACAAUUAAAUAUUUGCUUGCUUUGCAUGCUAGUCAUUAGCCACACAUUUAAUCACUUUCUGGACAACCAGACAACGGGGAAUGCAUUUGACAAAUUGCAUUCAUUUAUUCUUUUGACAAAUGCCAAUACAAAAAGUGUAAAGCAAUAACAUGAUAUAUAUUUUUUCAAAUUUUUCAGUCUGAAGCAAGUGUAUAAAAUCUUAAGAAUGCACUCAGCACUUACUAAGUUGCUCUACAAGUGUCUGUUAAAUUCCUUGAAUAUAAAUAUAAUACCCAACUGGUCAGUAAAUCGA